CAGUAUAUAUACUUCUUGAUGGAUCCAUUUACUUCAAUCGCUUCAUAUUGUACAAGAUGAAUGCGUCAAUACGUGGUUUGAUUUUGGUUAUGGGCGUAGUUGCUGCUCUGUUUGGAACAACAAAUGGUUGUGAAGCUUGCAGCGUAAAAGGAGUUUGCUAUUCUGCUGAUGAACAAUGGUUAGAAAAAUGUUGGACGAAAACAUGUAUUGUUGAUUCCACUGGUUACCAAACAAGCUGGGCAACAUCAAUAGUAAAAACACAGUGUGAGGAUAUCAAUGGUAAAUGUAUUGAUCACGGACAACGGAAUUCGGACGGGUGCACCUGUAAUAUUACUGGAACGAAAACGGAAUACAUAUGUGACGGUUAUGGAAAAUAAAAGUCUUUG